AUUUUCUAUACACUUAUGUAUGUCAAUCAAAGUCCCUACAGGAAUGUCCCUUAUCAGAACAUACCUACAACCACUAUAUAUGUUGAUCCUAACAAAUACUAAUAGCCGACCAUUUAACAACCGAUUAGAUAUCAACAAUCUCCAAGUACUGAUUAUGGCUAUAGAGAUUCUCAACUUUAACAUCAAUUCCAAGACUUGGCUAAAAAAUAUGUAUGCAUCUAUGUGUGAUUGUUAUUUAGCAAGAUUUAUAGAAUGAAAAUAAUCAAUUAUUAAGAUAGUUGUCAGAUAGGCCAUAGAUUGGUUAGACUGAACUUUUGAAUUAAAAAUUAGUAUUAUUCCAUUAAUCUAUCUAAGCAACACUAUGCAAUUGAGAAUGAUAAACUUAGACAGCAGUUAACAUACACUUACGAGUUGCAAGAAAAGCUAACUCUUGUUACCAAUUAAUUAGAGAAGGUUAACGAAGCAUUGAUGCUUUCCAAUUAAGAGAACCAACACUUAUGCCAGUAAAUAGCUGAAUACAAGAAUUAACAAACUUAUGUGUAUCAGUUGAAUUCGACCAUUCAGACACAAGAAAUUUAAUUACAAUAAAAGUAGGAUUAAUUUAGAAAUUUGCAAUAAGAGAUCGAUUAUUAUCAAUAAAUAUUCUCGUAAAAGGCAUAGGAGAUACAAUAGGCACAAUUAGAGAUCAAUAGAGUGAUUGGCUAAAAUCAAGUUUUAUAAUAAGAAUUGGAAUAGCAGAAAAGAAAUUGUUUGAAAUUAAAAUAAGAGAUUGUUGCUUUGUAAGUAGAACAGAAUAGCUUUAUGUAAUUAAGACAUGAGAAUAUGUAAUUGCAUGAAAAAAAUUAAGAAUUGUUGAGGAACUUUGAAUAGCAAAAGGCCUUAAACUAAAAUCUGAUAAUGGAAUUGAACAAAUCAUAAUAAAUUGAUUCGUAUAUUGAUUAAUUAAUAGAUUAAUUAAAUGAAUAAAGAUCGAAAAUAGAAUAUGCUAGCGCUAGAAUAUAAGAUUAAGCUAAUAAGAUAAAUGAAUUGGAAUUCGUAGCCAAUGAGAAAGCAUAAUUAGAUGUGUAAUACAAUCAUCUAAAACAAAACUACAACAUUAUUGAAAAUGAUUACAAUAAAUUGAAUGAACUAUUAAAGUAGAAAUAAAUUGAAUUAGAGGUCAAUAAGAACACAAAUAUGUAGUACAGUUAGAGACUUUAACAGAAUUAAAUGAAUAACGUUCUCAUUAAUGAACUUAAAUUGGAAAUAGAACAAUGGAAGUCUAAACAAAGUAGAAUGGAAUAAGUGUUCAAUGAUGGUAAAAAGGAAGAUCAAUUUAAACUAAAGUGUCUCUAAGAGCAAAAUACUCAAUUGACAUAAAUCACAGCUGAGAUAUAGGAUAAAUUAUAAUAAAAGGACACUGAACUACAACAAUAAAACAUAAUUUUAUAGGAUACACUUAAAAGAUUGAGAGAGAAGGAAUAAAUCAUUAAUUACAAUUCAAGUAGGCCCAAUGUGGAUUAGGAGGAAGUUUAGGCUCUGAAGAAUAGAAUUAAGCUCUUGGAAUUGAAUGAUGAGAAGAAUUACAGUCUUUAAAAGGAGAUCUAGAGAUUGAAUGCUCAAACUGCUUCUUUAAGAUAGGAACUAGCUACUUAUAAGAAUAGGCAUCACGAUUACUAAUUUAUGGAUGAACAAUUCCAAAAAUCGAAUAAAUAGAUACAGGAAUUAAAGAGCCAUAUAGUGACUUUAUAAAAAUGA